UAACCCAGAUCGGUAUCAGAUGGCUCUCCGUGAAUUUUUCACUUUUUCGUUUUUCUGCCCCAGCUUAAUUACCAUAAUCGUUCAAUACUGGCUAUUACUUAUUAAUAUUGAAUGUAAUGCUUAUAUAUGAUAAUGUUAAGGGUUACAGCCGUAUUGAAGAUGAUUCCACUACACGUUCUCAAUCAAAACUGUUAGUAAAAGUGUUCAGUAAUGGAUUUGAUCAAUUAGUAUGGGACGCGAUAACGGGGACCACCGACGAAGAUGAAGAUGCCGAUGCCGAUGCCGAUGGCAAUACCAAUGCCGAUACUAAAAUUGAUAAUAUAGACACUACUACCAAGAAGAAACGAUUAACUAAGCUGGAGAAGAGAGAACAAAGACAAAAUAAGAAAAUUAAUGCUAGUCGAAAUAGAAGAAAUAAAUUGCAACAAGAAUUAGCAACUAAUGGUAAACUGACUAAGCGUAAUGGUCAACCUGAUUUACCAUUUAAUUAUAAUCCUUAUAUUGCUAAGGCCAAAAUUCGGAGUUUACAUUCUAAAAUUCAUGAUGUAGCUCAUAAAACCAAAAGAGAAGAAUUUAAACUCUUUCAAUAUCAUUCAAUUGCAUUAUAUAAAAGUGAUAUCGAUCAUGUUCUACCAGGAGAAUGGAUUAAUGAUAAUGAUAUUUCACUCAUUUUUGAAGUUAUUACUCAAGCUUUUCUUAAUGAAAAUAGUCAUAAUGUGAAUCGAAAUAAUCGAUUUAAUUCUCAAAUUCAAUUAUUAUAUCCUUCACUUGUACAAUUAUUUCUUCAUUUCCCUAAUAGUGAUGAUAUAGAAAAUGUAUUACCUAUUAAUGAUUUGAAAAAACUGAAAUUUAUAUUUAUUCCAUUAAAUUUUAUUGAGGAUUAUGAUGAAGUGGAUUUAGAAGAAGUUAAUAAUGGAGAUCAUUGGGCUUUAGGAUUAUUAUCUAUAUUAGAGAAUAAAUUAUAUAUAUAUGAUUCAAUGGUUUUAGAAGAAGCUAUAAAGAAUGACGAUAAGAUUUUACAAGAAUUAACUCUUCGAUUGAAAUCCUGUAAGAAUAUCAUUAAAAGUUCGAAUCCCAUUGAAGUGGUAAGGAUGAAAUGUGAUCAACAGGACAAUUUUGAUGAUUGUGGAGUAUAUUUAAUGAUGAUAACAUGCAUAUUGAUUAAGCGUUUACUAUUCCCUGGACAUGAGGACAAUGAAAACGAAGAUGAAAACGAAGAUGAAUACGAUAAUGAAUUCAAUGAUGAAAAUGACUACCAACCAAAGCCCAUCGAUUUAGAUGUAAGCGAUAUAAAAUUCAAUGUACUUGGAGGUCGAUUAUUUAUUAUGGAUUUGAUUUACAAAUUAUAUAUAAAAUUAAAAGUAUGA